AUGAUCCUAGUGGCCAUAGAUUCACAUUCAAAAUGGAUCGAAGCAAUUCCAGUGCGUCAUGUCACAGCACAAUUGACAGUUACAUCCUUGCGUGAAAUCUUCAGCAGGCUGGGCAUACCAAGAACCAUUGUGACAGACAACGGAACUCAGUUCACGUCAGAGACUUUCACGAAGUUUCUGACAGGAAAUAACAUAAAGCACUUUCUUACAGCACCAUAUCACCCCCAAUCGAACGGGCUUGCUGAACGCGCCGUGCGGACGCUGAAAGAUGGCCUCAAGAAGGUUAGGUCAGGUGAUUUGUCUGAGCGAUUGGCUAAACUGCUCUUUAGCUACCGUAGAACGCCCCUGGAUGAUGGACGAUCACCGUCUCAACGACUUUUGGGAUACCAGAUCCGUUCUCGGUUGGACACAUGCCUUCCACCACCCGUAACCUUCCCUAUCUAUCCACAGGCAGAUCAAGAAAACAAGCUGAGCCCGGGCACUCCUAUUUGGGCGCGCAACUUCGGACAGGGAGAAAGGUGGCUGCCAGCCACAGUGAAAGAAACAAGAGGAUCCCGAAUGAUCACCGUUGAAACGGCAGAAGGUGAGCUUCAGCGUCACAUGGAUCAAGUCCGUCCUCGAUACUGUCCUGUGCCGGCACAACCUUCGCAAGAUCAACCAGCUGGUGUACCGACGCUACCAGAAGAGGCUCAACCAGCUGUGCUUCGAAGAUCGACCCGUAUGCGAAAAUCCGUACAGCGGUACUCACCUUAA